AUGGCUCUAAUAACCGGACUCUUCACCUUUUUAUACCAUCUACCCCAGAUCUACAAAUGGCUUCUCAAACCGUAUUACGUGGUGUCCUUCUUGAUGACCGUCGCCUUCGUGCUGGUCAGGAAGGCUCCGGGGCUGUGCGAGCACCUGGCCAGCGACAGGGAGGACGGAAACUCCUGCGACUUUGACUGGAGGGAGAUGGAAAUCCUCAUGUUUCUCAGCGCAAUAGUAAUGAUGAAGAACAGAAGAGCCAUCACACUGGAGCAGCACGUUGGGAAUUUGUUCCUGUUCAGCAAAGUGGCCAACGUCAUCCUCUUCUUCAGGCUGGACAUUCGGCUUGGCAUCCUGUACUUGGCGUUGUGUGUAGCUUUCGUCAUGACCUGUAAGCCUCCUCUCUACAUGGGCCCGGAGUACAUUAAAUACUUCAGUGACAAGACCAUCGAUGACGAGCUACAGAGGGACAGCCGAGUCACCUGGAUCGUGGAGUUUUACGCAAAUUGGUCCUCUGACUGCCAGUCAUUCGCUUCGAUCUUUGCUGACCUUUCUCUCAAGUACAACUGUACUGGACUCCGGUUUGGGAAGGUGGACAUUGGACGCUAUGGAGAUGUUUCACAGAGGUACAAGGUGAGCACGUCUCCUCUGGCCAAGCAGCUGCCGUCAGUGCUGCUCUUUCAGGGAGGGCGAGAAGUCAUGAGACGCCCGAUGGUGGACAACAAAGGGAGAGCUGUGUCCUGGACCUUCAAUGACGAGAACAUCAUCCGAGAGUUUAACCUCAACGAGCUCUUCGAGAAAUCUAAGAAGCUGAAUAAAAGCCGGGGCUUGAAAGAGGAGCAGCAGAACGGCUCGCCGGUCGAGGGUGGUGAUGAGAACGACGGCACAGAGCAAACCCCAGAGAGCAAGAAGGACCAGUGAGGAAGAGGAGCAGAACCAAGCCUUACAUGUUUGCAAGAGCAGAUUAGUUCAACCUCGACUGAAUACGGAUGGUGCCACGUCACUGGGUGAUUUCAGGCAUUUUGUUGAAGCCUUAAAGUUAUUUUAGACUCUUUGUUUUGUAAAUUGAUUUUUUUUUUCCUCUCCUUGCAGCAAGCUCUCAUCACUGCAUGUGAACUGUAUUUUACACCUGCUGUGUUUACUUUUGUGUUGUAUUUCAUAAGCAAAGUAAAAGUGGUAAUGAGACCGAAAACAUGCGUGGGAUUUUUAACAGUUUGACCUUUUUAUUCUGAGAAGACAUCUUUUUAAAAAGUCUUUGUAAGGCCAUUUUGGAAAUGUUUUCAAUGUACUUGUUACAGAUAUUUGUGAAACUCAUUUCAUUCAUCAUCACAGCUCACAAUAGCAAUAUUUUAUCUCACAAAACAAGUAGAUUCUCUUUUCUCGGUAAAUUUCAGAUUGUUCAAUGGCCGCCGUCUCUUGGCCAGUGCAGGAAGAAAAGUAACACAGGUUUUCUGAAUCUCUGUAUGAUGGUUGCGUCUUGUGCCAUUAAUGAUGCCUCUUCCUCGAUGCUGCCCACACACACACACACGCACGCACGCGCACACACACACGUCUGGUGGACAUUUAACAAUAAUCACACAAGAACGCACACCAGUGAAGCAUUCAGCAUGACAGACGGGGGAAAAAUAAAAAGUAAAAAAUUAAAUCAAAUGCACACUGAGAAGACGCAGCCCAGCUGGGUUGAAAGCUUCUGACAGCUGUUUGGGUUGACAGAUGAUAUUUGUGUGCUUCAAACGAGUAAUUUGCCCCCUGAAAAAAAGAUGUGCCACCUUCAGACAGUUUUGACUUUCUGCUGUGGGGCUUGAUAUCAAAACAGAAUUCAAUAAAUAAAUCCUCUGUAAUGCCCAGUCCACAAAGAAACUGACGAACCCGUAUCCUUCCCUCGAAUUAUUCCUCUCUCUGCAUGGCAGUGGAUUAACAAAAACAUCGGCUGUACCUUUACUGAAGUUUAACAACUCAAUCAAAAGAAAUCUAAUCUGCCUUGUUUCAGGAUAAUUGUUUAAAAAAAAGUUUGUCAAUAAAAAAAAAAUUUAAAAAAAACUUCCUUUACUGAAUGGUCUCAAGGCAAAAACCAGAAGUGUCCAACUACAAACCAGUCUUCUCUGAAUCUACAUCUAAUAUUUCAUGUACAACCAUUUUUUUUUUUCCUCAUAAAAAUAUUCCAGCUGUCUCAUCUUUGAAAUUAUGUCCAGACCUCCAAGAUCAUUGUUGUCUGGUGAAAUAAAUAAGCCCUUCCCUCACUGCCCCAUUUGGCUGGCCAUCCAUUAAAGGUAUGACUCCACUAGCGUCUUGAUGGACUGACAGAAACUAUGCUGAAAAAAAUAAACAGAAAAAAAAAAAAAAAAACACCAAAAGACAUAAAAUGAUCUUAAAGCUACAAACAGAUUUUGCAUAAUGUCUCUAACAUCAACAUUACAAGCGUACAUUCCACAAAGAUGCUUGUGCUGCAAUCCUGACAAUUAAAUUUCUUUGUGGCUU